CCCAAGCUGUAAGCGAGGGCAGUAAAUCUGGAGCGAGAGACACCGGCUCCGCCGCACGUUUCCAGGCGCCGGCUUCACAGCCGCCGCCUCCACCUCUACCACUGCUUCUCUUUGUCCGGGGAAAGGAAGGAGGGAGGGAAGAAGGGAGGGGGAGUUGUUGCUGCUGCCGCUGCUGCUGCGGCACCAGGUGCAUCCUCGGAGCCCUCCAUCAUCUUGCGCCCCUUUCCCCCGGCUCUGCGCCGCGCGCUUGGAGACCCGUGGUGGGCGGCCGUAGCUUCCUCGGGUGGGUGCCCGCGGACAGGUUUCCAACAGCUGGACUGGUAGUCUACUAGGGCAAAUUGUCACCAAUGGCAGUAAAACUUGUCUUCUGGUGUACUGGGUCAGAUGGACUAAUUGGCUCUCAUUCAGAAGGAACCUAAGUUACCCUGCUAUAUGUCCUGAACAUUGUUUGGGUCUGGGAACUGUUCUAAAAUGAUUAAAGCAGGACAAAAAUGUGACUCUGACAUGGGACUCCAAGCAGCCUGAGAAGCAAUUUCUAAUUAAUUGCUUUGCAAUUGGAAAAAAGCACUUUUAGAUUUAGUUGGGCUACCAGGAAAGGCACCUCCCCACUGACGGGUUAAAAUGAGUGCCCCAUUGGUUCCCAACAAGUCAUGUUAUACUCAGGUGCAAGACAACAGAAAUGGAAUGAAAAAUAAUAAUGAAAGCAUCCCAAGCCUGGGAGAUACAAAUGCCAACCAAAUCACAUCAGAGGUCAGUCCCUCUGUUGGUGAGACCAAGAGAUGUGGUCUUGUAGAAGAAAUUGGAAAUGGAAACAUAAGUGGGUCAGAGACUAUCACCCAACUACACAAGGAGUUUCACCAACUUCAGGGAUAUGGUAAAGAAGCCCAGAGCGGCCCCAUGAGUCUGAAGGAGUUUAAGCUUGCUUCUACGAGUCUACAUAGGGAUCUAAGUGAAGAGUACAUGACAGAGGAAGCUGUGGAUAUCCUGUCGAUUCCUCAGCUGAUCCAGGGGCCAGAGCUGUCCAGUCUGAAAAGUGUUGUGCAUGGGGCCCACCCAGAAGUUCUUGCUCUAAAUGAUGCUGACAUUAUCCAGCACAUGUCUAGGGAGAAACUGGCCAAAACCCAGGGUAGUGAAGAACUGAAAAGGCAUUCUUUGGAAAGGGCAAGCAGCUUCCCUGCAAAAAUGGAAGCAUUCACAAAAGAGCAAGCCAGUAGCCUGGCUCGUAAACACUUCCAGCCUGCUUUGCUUGAAUCCAUUGAAACAUCAUCACAUCACGUUGCUGGCAGUACAGAGAAAUCACAGACGAUAUCGGCGGAUCACCUUGUAAGGGCAGUGUUUCAUCCAAAUGACAAUACCUCAGAGGAAAAGAUUGUGUUUUAUCCUAAACCAUCUACCUCAGAAACCAAGGAAACUGUUCUCCCAGAGACCCACAUGGAUGGGAGAAAUUCUCCGAAUAUUGGCAUUGAUAGCACACCCCAUCCUGCACACAGAGAUUCUCCUCUCAUUUUCACUACAGCACCCGAGGGGAUCUUGAAUAAGUCAAAAGCACAAUUAGGUCAGGGAGAAGAGGGGCCCAAACUGGAAGUGAAAAAUAUACUGUCCUUGAAGCCUGAGAUAGUUUGGGAGCAAAAGAUGCUGCCAGUUGAAUGCCUGGACUUGCCUAAGGUUGAAAGCAUGGUGACACCGGAGAAGAAAGGAUGGAUUGAGGAAAAAGAGGGAGGAAGAGGCCCUCCCCUUCGAGGGCCAUGUGAGGAAGCAGUGGAACCUGUCAUAAGUCAAGUAACCACUUAUGUAGAUGGAAGCCAAGUACUUAAGGAGUUGGAAAGAGGAAGCUGUGACGAUGAGAAGAAAAUAAGUACUCUGUGUGGUGAAGGUUCAGUAGCUACUGCCCAGAAACUGGGGGCCCUUAUCCCUGUUGCCUUAGGGACAGAAUGUGAUCAGCUGAGUGGUGAAGGUAUCCUGUCCCCAGCUAAGAGCUUGAGUGAAGCUGUGCUGGAUAGCAUUCCCAUAGCUGAUGGUCACACAGUAUUUACUCCUGACAGUCUAACUGAGAGUAAAGCCUUGAAAGUUAAUGAGCAUAAAGGCACAGUAGUUGGCAGAACCAUGGAGAACAUCACAGUUUCAGUUCUGGACCCUUUGGGUCAAGCAAACAGUGAAACUGUGCCUGUUGAACAUCCCAUUCCUCAGGACAGCAGAUUAGAGGCAAUGAAGGAUCAUCAGGCAGCUGCCACUCCUGAAAACAAACCCCUUCCCAAUGAAGCACCAAAUGAGAUGGAGACAGUCGCAGGAAGAGCGGUUGGCUCUCUUAGUGUCCCUCGACCAUUCCAGGCAGUGACAGCUGUGGAUGUAAACCACCAGCCCACAUCAUCCAGUAGCAAUCUGAAGGACCUUAACCCAUUUCAAAAUGACACAGGGUCAUCUUCUACCAUCCUACCUCCCGUUGACAAUGCGCAGUUACUGAAUAUGUCUUCUAAAGUGCCUAAUAAGACUGCUUGCAACAGCGGGAUUCCCAAGCCAAUCUUGGUACAUUCCAAGGACUCUCUUCCCAACCAGGGAGAGACUGAGAGUGACUUUGUUGAGAGACCCGAAGAAAAGAUGGAAACAGAGCCCAUUAUCAUACCUAAACCCAAACACGUGAGACCCAAAAUCAUCACUUAUAUCAGGAGGAAUCCUCAGGCCAUUGGCCAAGUGGAUACUUCAUUGGUUCCAAUGGGCCUUCCUUAUACCGCUCCAUCAUGUGGUAUGCCCCUGUCAAAAGAUCAGAAGACAGCAAGUGGUGACCUCAAACCAGCCACCAACCUCUAUGAAAAAUUCAAACCAGACUUGCAGAAACCACGAAUCUUCAGUUCUGGAUUGAUGGUAUCUGGGAUCAGGCCUCCAGCUCAUCAUUUUGGUCAAAUGAGUGAGAAGUUUUUGCAGGAGGUUGCAGACAGACCUGGGAAAGAAGAAUUUUGUUCACCCCCAUAUACCCACUAUGAAGUACCUCCAACCUUCUACCGAUCUGCCAUGCUUCUUAAACCCCAGCUGGGAUUGGGAGCCAUGUCCCGGCUGCCAUCUGCUAAGAGCAGGAUCCUCAUUGCAAGUCAGAGGUCUUCAAGUAAUUCUCUUCAUCCUCCAGGACCAAUUGCAAAUGCUACGAAUCUCUAUCAUUCUGAUCCUUCAGCCGAUUUGAAGAAAGCCUCCAGUUCAAAUGCUGCAAGAGCCAACCUCCCCAAAUCUGGACUUCGUCCGCCUGGAUAUUCCCGUCUCCCAGCAGCUAAACUGGCAGCAUUUGGUUUCGUCAGGAGCUCCAGCAUCUCUUCUGCCUCCAGCAACCAGUCUGCGGACAGUGUCCAAAGCGAUCAGAACAAAACAGCCCACCGUUCCAGCUUUGUAAAUGAAGACCAGCCUGCUCCAAAAGCAGCUGUGCUUUCUAAAGAUGCACCCAAGGGGACCGGGAGGACCACAGCACAAGCAGCCAACAUUGUGACCACUCCCCGCCGGAGUUUGCUUCCUGCACCAAAACCAACUUCCACGCCUGCUGGAUCAAAGAAGGAAGUGCAGAAAGAUCAAGAAGCAAAUAAACCCGCUGUUUCGUCCCCUAAAAGACUGGCAGCUUCAACUACGAAACUUCACUCACCAGGAUACCCAAAACAAAGGCCUGCUGUUCCAAGAAACGGGUUUGCUACCAAACCAGAUCUACAGGCCCGGGAGGCAGAAAGACAAUUUGUUCAGAGACUGAAGGAAAAGUGUGAAGAACAAUCCAAGCAGCUCAGCUACAUUCAGGGAGAACUGAAAAGGGCGAUUCGAGGCUUUGAAGUUUUUGCUGUAUCUACUCAGCAUUUCUUUGGGAAGAAUGAAAGUGCCCUUGUGAAAGAAAAAGAGCUGUCAAUCGAACUUGCAAACAUCAGGGAUGAAGUUGCCUUCAAUACAGCAAAAUGUGAGAAAUUACAAAAAGAGAAAGAGGAUCUGGAGAGAAGGUUUGAAGACGAGGUGAAGAGACUCCGUUGGCAGCAGCAAGCUGAACUCCAGGACCUAGAGGAAAGGCUGCAGCAACAGUAUGUGGGAGAAGUGAAACGCUUACAGGAGGAACACCGCAUGCAGCUAACGAGACUCAGGUGUCAGCACCAGGAGCAGGUAGAAGACAUCUCAGCCACCCACGAGGCUGCCUUGUUGGAGAUGGAAAACAACCACUCUGUUGCCAUCGCCAUCCUCCAAGAUGACCACGAACACAAAGUCCAAGAACUGAUGUCUGCCCAUGAGCUUGAAAAGAAGGAAUUGGAAGACAGUUUUGAAAAACUGCGGUUGUCACUCCAGGACCAGGUGGACACUCUCACGUUCCAGAGUCACUCUCUCCGGGACCGAGCUAAGCGAUUUGAGGAGGCUUUGAGAAGAAACACUGAGGAGCAGCUGGAGGUUGCUCUAGCUCCCUACCAGCACUUGGAAGAAGACAUGAACAGUCUGAAGCAAGUACUAGAGAUGAAGAAUCAACAGAUCCACCAACAGGAAAAGAAGAUCAUCGAGCUGGAAAAGCUGGCUGAAAAGAACAUCAUCCUAGAAGAAAAGAUCCAAGUGCUUCAACAGCAAAAUGAGGACCUCAAAGCAAGAAUUGACCAGAACACUGUUGUCACAAGACAGUUGUCAGAGGAAAAUGCUAACCUCCAGGAGUACGUGGAAAAAGAAACAAAGGAGAAGAAAAGGCUAAGUAGAACCAAUGAGGAGCUGCUUUGGAAACUCCAAACCGGGGACCCCACCAGCCCCAUUAAACUCUCCCCCACGUCCCCCAUUUACCGCUCUUCCUCGGGACCUCCGUCGCCAGCCAAGAUGAGCACGGCCCCGAGAUGACAGCGCCGCGCACUCAAGGUUUUCAUCCCAAGAGAGUAUUCAUCAGAGUAGGUGAUUGAGACCUGAGGUCCGCUACUGCCUGCAUGCUUGGCAGCAGCCUUUCCUGUGUCCUAGACGGCUCCGGUGUACGAAGUUUUUGGUCUUGGCACUCCAAUGUCCUCGAAAAGUGUACCCCUUGUAGUCUGGCGUGCAAACUUUUUUCUUUCUUUCUUUCUUUCUUUCUUUUUUUCCUUAACUAUAGUUAGAGCCAAAAGACAGAAAGCUCUUUAGACUGAUUAGCCUUCAAAGGUGGACUUUCACUGCAAUAUUUCAGGUUAGUUACAAAUGGUUCGGUUUUGGAAUAGACCCCCAUGUAUGUACCACACCAUCGCCCGCGUAUCUCUAGACGUGUGUACGGAUAUCCUUGCAGCUGUUCUGAAUUGCAUUUUUUUAUACCGCUAAGUGCUGAUAUAUUUUAAUGAUAGUCAGCAGUUUUCUAACUUGUGCCUAAGAAUUAUAACUCAAUUAGAUGCAUUUCUGUCUAGCCUCCCAGGAAUAUUUCUACCCGAAAUAGAAAAAGAAAAAAAAAAGAAGAAGAAGCGCCUUCAGCCAACCACCAAGUGGUAACCCUAUUUAACAUGAACACCAGCGAUUUGUGAUAUGGUAACUGCCUUCACCACAAUCAGCUUCUUAUUCCACUUGUUAUGAGGUCACUAUUAUUCCAUUUGCAGAUUUUUAAUUAUUAUUAUCCUUGCUGUGAGUUGAUGAGGGACCGCAGCAAGAAACCCUGAGGGGUUGUAGCGGGUUCUCAGAUGUUUUUCAUGACAGUGACUCAUAUUAUUCUCCUAAACACAAGUCUUUGCUUUGUUUCUCAAUGACAUUUCAGAAGCAAUCAGCAAGCUAGAAUGCAUUCAGAGAAAUGCUGUGGUUCUUCCAGAAUGAAGAUGAGAGACCACAGAGGGGACCAAGACAUUUUGGGCUCCCAUCUCCACAAGCUUCUCCCAGAAUCGACGUUUCCCUUAGAACAAAGUGCACAGGCUGGUCCCGGCCUUUUGAUUUGAUUUGUUCCAGCUUCCCACAAUCCUCUGGAGAGAUGCUUGAAGAUGGAUAAACUACAUAAUGCUAUUUUACCCCCCCCCCAUCUCCCCAAUGCUAGAGGCCACUAUCCUAACUACCUAUGUCUGGACUGCUGGUGGGGAGGGGGAGUGUUAGCGAUUUCCUGAGAACUGGCCAACCCAGAUGGAUCCAACCCCAAGCUUUGCUAGAUCAUCACGUGGGGACCCACAGAUACUGCUACAUCUUAUUUGGUAAUGAACCUGCAAAGCAGUUGAUGGUGGUCAUUCCCCACAUUGACCUGGCCAGUUCUACCAGAGGGAACCACAAAAUUAACAACCAGAGAUGACCAUUCAUUCUCUGUUAUUUGCCCAAGUGGGCCAGGUUAGGCCACCUGCCUGUCCUGGUGUUUGUAUCUGGGAUGAUAGAAUAGAACGUGAAAAGUGUUCUGUGGUAUUGUGGCAGAUUAGGAGCAUGGCUUACAAAAGGAAAAAAAAUUAGUUUUGACAGAUGUUAUGAUGAUGGUGGUGGUCGUGGUGGUGAUGCCAUUGUUUUGUGUUUGUGGCAAGGGCCCUAUAUGUCCCCCUUCCCCCAUUCCCAGAGUCUUCUCCCUAUGCCCAGAUCUGGGCAAGCUUGAGUCGAGAACAUUGGUGCCCAAAGAAGACAGGUUCAGAGAAAAAGGAAGCCGAGAAAAGGCGCAGGGAGAGAUGUCAGGGUGCUCCACAGGCCUCGCACACACAGUUGGGUGUAGACUUGCUGCUAGCAGACACGUCUGGUACAGGUAGAUGUAGGGGGCAGCUGUGGGACCCUGGCCCAGAGAGUUUUCAUCAGAUCCCCAAACAUCUCUUGCCUAUUCCAGGACAUGAAAAUUAAGUUAAAGUUUAAGAAGCAUUUGUUUUUCUUUUAGUGGCUUUGCAUGAUGCUGUGAUACCGAGUAUGUUGGGCAUUCAGUUAGAAUAGAUCAUGCCA